AUGAGUAAGAUAGUAGAAGAUCUAUUCAACAUUAUGAGUUCUUGGAAUGAAUCCAUCCAUCAUUGCAAUUGGAUAGGAAUCACAUGCAACAUCUUCGUUGGAAGGGUCGUGCACCUUAGCCUUGAGCAACUAGGAGUAGGAGGCACUCUUACACCAUUCAUAAGCAAUCUCACAUUCCUCAACACACUCAACUUGUUAAACAAUAGCUUCCAUGGUGAAUUUCCUCAUGAGGUGGGUCGUUUAUUUUAUCUGCAACAUCUAAACUUCAGCUAUAAUAACUUUGGUGGGAGUCUUCCAAGUAAUCUCAGUCACUGCACAAAACUAGAAGUACUAGCUACAGGUGCUAACAAUCUUACAGUUCCUUCUUCAAUCUAUAACAUAUCUUCCUUGUACUAUUUCACUUUUACUCAAAACCAUCUUCAUGGGAACUUACCAGCUGAUGUUGGAUUCACUCUUCCUAACAUUAAAGUAUUUGCUGGUGCGGUUAACAAUCUCAUAGGUUUUGUCCCUGCAUCGCUGUUGAAUAAUGCAUCAAAACUAGAGAUUCUUGACUUCUCCUUGAAUGGUCUUACUGGAACACUGCCAAAGAACUUAAGGGUCUUGAAUAGUUCCAAUGGAAUACAUGGAAAUAUACCUGUUGGAAUUGGCAAUCUUGCUAACCUCACCCUCAUAGCAUUGGAAGGAAACCGGCUAACCGAUAGUCUUCCUUAUUCAUUAGGGACUCUUCCAGCUCAGGUGAGUAAGCUACAUAGCCUUGGAGAGUUGAUGCUAUCUGAGAACAACUUUUCUGGAGUUAUUCCAUCUUCUCUUGGCAGAUGUAUUAGCUUGGAAAAGCUGCAUUUGGAUGGAAAUUCUUUUGAGGGAAACAUCCCUCAAACUUUACAGAAUUUGAGAGCUUUUCUUGAUAUAGACCGUUCACGAAAUACUUGUCUAGUUCCAAUGAAGUCUAGAAGAUUGGUUGCAUCCCGUGAGUAA